AUGCUCAAAGGUCAGUGGCGCACACUGUUGCUGGACCACCACGAGCCCGACCGACCGCUCUCAGAUGACGUCACCAUCGAGCCCGUGGGCUCGUGCUGCACGCUGGUGGCCGAGCGGCUGUUCCAGCUGAACCGGGGGCUCAUCGACCGGACCGUGGCUGACCUGCUGCUCGGCACGAUCGUGCUCGACACGGUCAACAUGUCGCCGGCGGCGCAGCGCGUCACGCCCAAGGACCGGCUGAUGGCCUCCUUCCUGGAGCCGCUCUCGUCAGGCGAGAGCCACAACCAGCUGUUCGAGAUGCUGCAGCGCGCCAAGGGCGACGUCAGCCAGCUGAGCAGCUUCGAGCUGCUGCGGAAGGACCAGAAGACGGUGGAGGGCGCUGGACUUCGGCUGGCGGUCAGCUCGGUGCCGAUGCUAGUUAAGGAUUACGUGCGCGCGCCAGACGCCGUCUCGGCCUGUAACCAGCUGUGUCAGGCGGCGGGCCGCGACCUGCUCGUGCUGAUGGGCAGCCGGGCCGGCGGCGCCGAGUUCUGCCGCGACCUGGCCGUCUUCGCCGUCCGCAACGAUCUCCGAGACCAGGUCUGCGCCCUGCUGGAGGACUCGGUGUCGCCGUGCCUGGGGCUGUCGCGCGUCGCCUCGCCCCACCCGCGGCUCGUGCUCUUCACGCAGGACAACGUGGCCGCCUCGCGCAAGGCAGUGCUGCCUCUGCUCAGGGGUCACGUGGCCGGCUCAGGCGGUUCCGGUGACCUGUCGCCGGUGGGUCGGCCGGCUGGCCGAGCGCCGCCGCCGCCGCCCGUCACCUACAGCGGACUGCGCUCAGAGCUGCCGGCCGACGUCCGGCCUCCGAACGGGAUCGACCUCAGCCUCUGCGCCCAGGCUGUCACUCUGCUGGAGCCCACCAGCACGGGUGGCAGCUCACAAAGUUCGGCCUACAACUCUGUGCCGUACACACCGCAGAACAGCGUGGCCGACUCGGACUCGAUCGCCGACGUCUCGCUGCCGUCGUUCAACUCUCGCGAGCUGCUACAGCGGAUCGAGCUGCGACGGGGUCCGCUGGGUGGCUUCGAGGGCGCCGACGACAUCGGCGCCUACCCCUUUACGCCCAAGAACAGCUUCGUAGAGAGCAACCUCGAGACGGCUUACCGCCAGAUGAACAUUGCCGAGCUUGACUCGGACAUGAUCCUGCAGAAGGUGCACGAGAAGAAGCGCAAGAGCAACCUGUUCGACGACAUCACCGAGGAGGAGGGUAGCGGGCCCGGCGGUGGUGGCGGUGGUGAGGAGGCCAGCGCGGUCCGACGGACGCCCCAGUCAGGUCUCGCCCCGGCAGCAGACAUCGGGCCGACGCGGUGA